AGAAAAAUAUUUAUAUAUUUCAAAAAUAAAAAUCAAAAUAAACAGAAAAUAGAAAAUAUGAAAUGUGAUGGAUUCCCACCAAAAUUUAGAGCAGAAUUUCCGCCAUGUUUUAAAAAAUAUAAACGGGGUUAUUCACACUGCAAUCCAGGUAAUAUAAAAGAACUACACUACUUGGCACAUCGUAUAAAACCAACACUUCUCGAUGGCAUCGAACUGGAUUAUGUCCAUCGAUUAUCACCGAAUAAAUCAAUAAAUGCCAAUUGGAUUUUGAGUCACAAUAAGCCUUCCGGAUUUCGAUUUGGUGGUAUUUUUACAGCACUAAUGCACGAUGAUUAUAUGCAAACUCCUACCAUUCGUGCUGACAUUAAUCCCACCACUCUUUCCAUGAAUAUUGGUUUACUCUAUUAUCCUUUUCGUUGUUUGCGGCUUGAAACAGAAAUGCAGAGGGCAUCUGACGAAGCUCCUUUACAAACGCAAACCUGCAUAGAGUUGUGUACUAACAGCUCUACACUGACGACGAAUUUAUAUGAGGUACGUAGAGAUAGUGGACGUGCAACAUUAUCAUUUGUACGAUCUGUUAGCGAUCACUUGGCAUUGGGCGCUGAACUCUUAUUGGAAUGGAUGGAACCCAGCUCGUUGAUGACCGAUACAGCCAUUGCUGGACGAUACAAGCGACAUUCGUAUUCGGUGGCUGCCACUGUCUCACGUCAAGGUAUUGAUGUAAGUUAUUGGCAACGCAUUCAUCGUAAUAUACAAAUGGCCAGUUUAUUGGCAUGGCAUCGCAAAACGGACAAAUCCGUCGGCACUAUAUGUUAUCAAUGGGAUUUCAAAGAUACCCAUAUACGAGGCACGUUUGAUUCAAAUCUAUCCGUUGGGUUCAUGUAUACGAGAUUUCCACCAAAUAUACCUCUUUGCAUGACUUUCAGUUUAUUUACAAAUCUUCACACUAAUAAAUUUAUAUUUGGAUUAAAACUUAUCUUGGAUCCCUAUGGAUUACGAAGAGGAGCUUGACUGUGGUUUUCUAAAACCACAAAACCAAAAAUACUGGUAAAUUUAUAUUAUGCGCAAUGCUUCUCUUGGAGCAAGUCAUUCGAUUGAUUAUAUAAAUUCUAUAUUUAGUAAUGUAAAUACAUCUUGACAAAUAUGCAUAUAAACUA